GCAUUCUUCAGUGAACAUGCAAAUUCUAGGGAGCAGAGACAUAAAAUGCCAGUUUUCAUAAAUUUACUCUCGCUUAACUAGUAUCAAUUCGUCAACGAUCAACGUAACGUUAACAUAUUAAUGCAAGACGUUCGUUAUAUCAUUCUCAUCUUCGGUUUCUGUCAAUGAUUGGGGAUAGUGCAUCUUCUGCAGUUUUUUAUUUUUGACAAUUCGAAGUAUAUUGCUAUCUUUGCGAUGUUCGUAGACAGUAAGAUGUCAAGUUUCCAGUAGGAGCCACACAUAACCCCAAUCCUAUUAACUAUAGUUACUAACUUUCCAGCGUAAAAUUCUGUACCAGCCUUGGGACGCUGGGAACCGAACUGGAAUUCUAUUAAGUGAAAAUCAUUUAACUGCAUUUGGUGGGAGUAUUAGUGCUGAGGCGAAAUAAGGGAUCUCACUGAAGAGGAUGCCUUGGUAUUCUCAUCAUAAAUUUUUUAGUGGUAUACCAUCGGUAUGGGUCAAGUUUUAAUAAACUAAAGUGCACCACUUCUUAAAAAAACAAGAAUGUCAGUUGUAUUUGUGAACCUUUCAAAAAUAUGCUUAAAUUUUUUGCAAAACAAGAUCUCAUUUACGAAGCAAUUAGUUUAUAACACAAUGGUGAAAGAAAAUCCAAAGGCCAUGGUGAUAUGUGGCCCAUCUGGAUGUGGAAAAUCAACUCUAUUGAAGAAGCUAUUUGAUGAAUUUCCAGAUAAGUUUGGUUUUUCUGUGUCUCACACAACACGAAGUCCUCGUAGUGGGGAAGUGGAUGGUGUACACUAUAAUUUUACAACAAAAGAGGCAAUGAAAGCUGCAAUCAACAAUGGAGAGUUUCUUGAGUCUGCAGAAUACAACCAUAAUCUGUAUGGAACAAGCAAAGCAGCUGUUGAAAAAGUGAGCCAGAGUGGUAAGAUAUGUGUGCUUGAUAUAGAGAUACAAGGUGUGAAACAAAUAAAACAAACAAGUUUAAAACCUUUAUAUGUCUUCAUAAAACCACCUUCUUUGAGCACACUUGAAGAACGUCUAAGAGGUCGAGGGACUGAAAGUGAGGAGAGCUUGCAGAGACGCUUGACCAUUGCUGCUACGGAACUGGAAUAUGGUGAAACGCCAGGCAAUUUUGAUAUUAUAAUUGUCAAUGAUGUACUGGAGAAGGCCUAUUCUGAGCUUCGAGAAUUUGUAUUGAAAGAACUGCAAAGAUGUAAAGACAUAGAUGGUGCUUCUGAUUCUUAGUGAAGCUAAAUAAGAAGGCAGAAAAAAAUCAUUCCAGUUUGAUCACUGUAGUUCCAUGCAUGUUUUACAUAAUUAUUCUGUACCUGACAUAAACUGAUACCAAACAGUUGUUUAAACAGUGACAAAGGUAGCUAUAUUAGCUUCUACAAGAUAAAUUAUUUUUAGCAGUCGAAUAAUAGAAUUGUAUAUUAUGUUGUCGAAUUACAGGGAAAAUGAGGAUGCAAUAACUGUGUUGUUAUAUCAAAAUCAUUGAUCAGAUUGAACUGUAGAAGUAUUAUUGUAAUUAAUUGGAUGUUUGUAUUAGACUUGCUUCAGAAACUUUCUGACCAUGUACAUUUCUUGCCAGCCAACUUGUGAUAGCUUUAAUAACAAAAGCAGCAAUCAUGUACCUAAUUAGCUUGCCUGUAAUAAUACUGAUGAAUAUAUUAAUGUAUACGUAUUUUGUGCGCUCUUUAGAAAUGUGUUGUAGUGGUUCAUUAUGAACAUUAAAUAUCAAUACACAUAAGCAAGCUAUGCACACCACUAAAGCCAAGUCUGCUACAUUCCCUCUUAAAUAUUCAGAGCCAUAGCAACAAACAUAAAUGGAAACUAAAUAAAAUGAAAUGUUAAAAUUUA